AUGGCUUGGCUGGGCUGCGUGCUGCGGAUCCGGGCUGUGGCUGCAGCUUUCGUCGCCUGGUGUUGCCGUGGCCUGGGAAGCGUCUUUCAUCGGCUGCUGGCCGUGCGCCGCUUCCACCAUAUACUCAUGGCCUUGGCCGGCCCCCUCCUUUUUCGCAUCGGGUAUAAUCUCUAUGCCCACACCCGGCUGGGUUACCUGUUCUACAAGCGUCAAAUGAAGAAAGCACGGGAGCGUUAUCCUCAAGGCCAUUCUAUCACUCAGCCUGUGGUGUUCAGUGGAGUGAAGAUCCUGCCAGUCCCCGUCUUGUCCAAUAACUACAGCUACCUUAUUAUCGACACUGGCUCAAACUGUGCAGUGGUUGUGGAUCCUUCAGACCCUUCGGCUGUGCAGUCAGUCAUUGAGGAAGAGGGCGUGACUCUGGAGGCCAUCCUUUGCACACAUAAGCAUUGGGAUCACAGUGGGGGGAAUGCAGCACUACGGCGGCGGCACAGUUCCUGUAGGGUAUACGGCAGCAGCUGCGAUGACAUCCCCGAACUGACAGAUCCCCUCUCAGACAAGGAGACAAUCAUGGUAGGACGGCUGAACUUCAAAGCCCUCUUCACUCCGGGACACACAGUGGGGCACAUGGUCUAUGUGCUGGAUGGGAAACCUUUUGAAGGGCCAGCCUCUCUCUUUUCAGGAGACCUCCUCUUCCUCUCAGGCUGUGGCCGGAUAUUUGAAGGGACUCCAGAAACGAUGCUGGCAUCACUAGAUGCAGUAGCUGACCUUGCAGAAGAUACGCUUCUUUGGCCAGGGCACGAGUAUGCCUUAGAGUGCCUAAUGUUUGCCGGUCUUAUGGAAGCCGAGAAUCAUUUUCUGGAGCAGAAGCUGCAGUGGGUGAAUCAACAACGGGUGGAGAAGAAAAGCACGUGUCCUUCCACCAUUAGUGAGGAGAAACAAUACAACCCCUUCCUGAGAACUCACUGUCGGGAUGUGCAGGAAGCUGUGGGCCUUCACCGUCAAAGGGAUGAGGACUGGGACAUUUUUCGAGCCCGGGUUCUAAAAGAAGUGCGAAGACGAAAGGAUGUCUACAAAGCAAACUAGCAAGCGAUGUGGCACCAGUCUGGAGGAGGAGUACCCAGAUGCAGGGGCAUGCCAGUAGCCUCUGUGAGGAGGAAUCUGGUCACAAAAUGGAUUCUUCCCAACCAAUGAAGGAUCUUCUUGUGUGUUGAUCUCUCCCACAAAUGUGAAGUGAAUGGAAACACUGAGGUUCAGGCUCUUUUCCUGAGUUCUGGUUGCUAGUGCUGCUUAUUUAAUGUGACAUAAGAAUGAGACCUGCGGCUUGUCAGUAAAGCUGUUGUCUCCUGGAGGAGUUAAUGGAUUUUUAUAAAAUGAAAUGGCACCUCCAUAUGACCUGUUGCUUCCCACCUAACAAUCUCUGGGUAGAUGAAGUGGUGUGGGAUUAAUGCUUGGAAGAAAUGCUGAAAUGUGUGAUUAUUUAUCAUUGUGUGUUUGAGUGUGCCUGCCUGUUGCUAGCUCAGGGAAGUUAUUGCUUGCUCUCUUGGGUCUUGUUACAAGCACAAUUUCAACACUUUGUGCAUUUGUCUGGAGAGAUGGGUGCAAACGUGUGAAACUGAGGCUUUUUUAUUUUUUAAUUCCUGUCUAGCACAUAAAAAGGAACCUUUUCCUUCUUCCUUCUUGUUGUUUUGGGCAUCUAAGCACCUUCUAAGACAACCUAUGUCCAGGAAGAGAUAUAUCUUCAGUUUGUUCCUUCUUUUCUGACUUCUGUUAACAUUUUUUUAAACACACUUUUUCUUCAGUCAAGCACAUUGACCUAUUCCUAACAAAAAGGCCAAGCAUGAAUUUGUGGCUCAUGUUCUUGAAAGACAUACGCGAUGUUCCAUCACUUCUCCAGUUGCCCCACAAAGCACAAGUCCAGACCAGCAUUGGAAUCAAGGAGGCAUGCUUCCUCUUACCUCUGAAAGUAUGUACCAGUCCUAGAAGCAGAGCUUGGACUGUUACGUGACUCCCUUCUAUACACAUGUGCAAGUGUGUUGACAGGAAAGGUGUAGAUGAGAGUGGACACAGCAAGGACUCUCCGUUUAGUUGUCAGUGCAUGUGCUAAUGCACUAGCAACGGAACAUCCACACAAUCUGGGCUUUCCACAUACUUGAUUUAUUCCUGGUUUUCUUAGCUGUCAAUCCACAAACACUGAAAUCUGCUUGGUAUGCUUCUUCCUCACAUCUACUCUUCCUCUGCAUUUUUACAGUUGUGGAUUUGGUUUAUUUCCUUCCUCAUGUGCCUUAAAUAAUCAGAAUUUUUAAGGAGGGAAGUGGCUUCAUCAGUGACAUCACAGUGCCCUUCCACUUUAUAUUUUUUAUUAUUUGAACACGCUUAUAUAAAUAUAUCAAUAUAAGGGCUGAAUUUUAAAAAAAGAUUGAAAAUGAACACACUGUCUGUCUUUGCAUAGGGAAGCCUAAAAGGGCAGAACAGCUCCCUAAGCCCCCCGCCACAGUCCAAACCAGAGCGCCUCCCCCUGGGCUGACGCAGAGCGAGAAGGCAGAGGCUGGCACCAGCAGGGCAAACCAGUCUCUGUGGCGGCAGAGCCCAAAGCAGCAGUGUCUAUGUCCCCUUCAAACCACGCCACUUUUUCUGCUGCUGGAAGUGGCCCACCCCCCCUCCAGGGCUACCAGAGCUUUUGCAAUUUUUUAUAAUCACUACUUUCAUAUAACUAUAAUGAUGCACUGUUGUAAUAAUAGGUGAAGCAAGUUCUCAGAAUUACCAGAUUUCAUUUUUUUAAAGUGUCUAGCUUCUUCCAUUGUGGAGAUACGCCUUUUUCCUUGUAUCUCCACAAGGGAAGGGACUAGAGACUUACUUUUUAAAAAAAUGAGAGCUAGGGGUUCAAUAUACAGUGUUCAAUAUACAAUGGUAUAUUGAUACAGCAAAAUAAUAAUAAUAGUGCUUAUAUUCAUGUAGACCAAUUAGUGCCCUACAGGUUAGAGCGGUGAACAAGGUCAGUGUUGUUAUUAUCCCCACAAUACAGCUGGGGAGCUGAGGCUGAGAGGAGUGGCUUACCCAAGACCACCUGCUGAGCUUAUGGCAGUAGUGAGAUUCAAACCAACAGAGUGCUGAUUCACAAUCCAACCACUUAACCACUGUGCUACAGCAGCUGUAUGAAAGUGAUUUUUUAAAAAAAGUUGAAAAGAAACCAGGAGAGGUGGUGUAAAGGAAGAUGAAGGAGGGAGGAGUGGUUCUGUGAUGAUGAAUGUCCAGUCAUUGGGUUGGAUAACACAAAUUGAAAGAACUAUUACACAUAAAGAACAAAGGUGACUCAGAUUUGGCUUAAAAACGUGGUAAAAGGUCUCAAAAGAACUGGAAAAGACAAAAAAACUGAAGUGAAAACUAAAGCAAAAAAAUAUGCAUGCAGAAAUUGGGAUAAAUGGAAGGAUUAUGGGACCAGAACACACACACACACACACACACACACAUAUGGUUUGUGUUCACUUUCCUCUAUUGGCUGUUCUUUUCCUUGCAUUUUCCCAGCCACUCCAUCAAAGGGCUUUUUUAAAAAAACAGUGAUCUACAUUAUUAUGAUCAGCUGCCAUGAUCUGGUAGCUUCUCUGAAUUCCCAGGUUUGAUUUUUUUAAGCAGAUUCUAGCUCUUUUAAAUGAAACCUAGGUAUUCAGAGGAGUUAGCAGUUGUCCGUAAUGGAUGGUUGUUUUUGUAUAUGUAUUUUCUACUAAUUAACUUUUUAAAAAGAAAAGCUAGGAAAAAAAUCACCCCAAGAGAGGGGGAGGGAUGGUGGCAUGGAGGCUGAGGGAAAUAGCAUCAGUGUAGGCAGAACCUUCUGCACGCCCUCCUGAUCAUGCGCUGUGCAAAGGUGGUUUAUGACCUUUCCCAAAAAAAUGUUAUAAACCAAGUUUGGGAAAGAUUGCAGCAAAGCAGGUAAAACCUAGAAAGUGAACAAUAAGGGGACAAUGUGUGUAUGCCCAACAACAACAACAACCUGCUUCCGAUUGGAUGCCUAACUGAAGCAAAACCUCUAUGUAGAAGCUGCCUUGACCCUCUGCAGUGCGGCUGUAUGGUUGCUUGUUGUGUACAAGUAUAUGAAUUAGGCUUCUAUUAAUAACAUGGAGUUGUUAUAAAGAAGGGCUGGCAAUUUGUUAAUUUCUUAAACAUAAUGCAACUUAUUUGCAUUUUUAGCAUACUUUACUUUUCAUCAUAUCCUCUAUCUUGGGGCUCCACAAAUCUUUUAUUCUGCUUUGUGAAGAUUUCCAUCAUCUUUUUGAAUUUUUCUGUUAAGUUUGUUGAAGUGCUGGUUUGAUUUCUACUUUCAAAUGCUGAGGCCCUGUAGUGUAAACAAAAAAACCCUAAAUGUCUGUGAUUAAAGGUUUACAAUGCUGUAUAUUGUUUAGUGUCAAAUCAGUGAAAAAUAUAUUAAUUACAGCCCAUCCUAUUCCUGUUUUAAACGAGUAGGAAGGAAUUUCUUUGUAAAGAAUGAAAAGCUGCCAAUUGUGCUAUUCAAUUGAACAUCUCAUGAAGCACUCCAAAGCUUAACAUUGGCAGAAAUCACUGGCCGCAGGAGGGAAGGCACAGCAGCCACAGGCCUUGGAAGAACAGAAACUACAUUGUAUAAUGAAUAUCAAGAUUAAGGGUUGGAUUCACCACCAAAUUUCCUCCAGAGUUAACCCUCUUGCACAAGCAGAAAUGCAAGAAUAUGGUAGCUGUUUGUGCUUAGUCAAACUUACUGUAUCCCCACUUGAGUUUUGCUUGUUCAAGGUGCAAGCAGUUUCCAGGCACUAUAAUAUAGAGGUAAAUGCUAUCUGUUGCACAACAUUUUGCACAAGUGGAACUGUGCUAAGUCUAUUUUGGUUUCUACUUGUGUAUUGUUGGCCCAUAUUUACAGAUCCCGGUCACAGUUCCCACCAUUUCCUUGUUUAACUGGAAUGCCCCAUCUAGAGGAGGGGUUGGGAGAGCAACAAGCACAGAAUAGGUCUGCCUUCUGUCUCUAUCUAAAUACAGCCCAAUCAUCUUCAGUAUUUCUCGGGACCUAAUUACAUGAUACACUUUCCCUAGCUAUGUCUCUGACUUAAAUUGAUAAAUGUGGUCUAUGUACCCCAUUGGCACAUGUUACAUUCUCCCAACAAGCUAAAAAGUAGCUCUCUGGGUUAGAAAACUGGCAUGAAAGAGAAGGUCUAAGCCUCUUCUGCCUGUGCACUAUGGUCCAGUUCCAAAUCAGACCCUUGCACACCUGGGAAAUACAGAACUCCUAGUCCAUGUCUGUCAACCUGAUCAGGGGGUGCAUCUUGGGACAAUAUAUGAUGUACAGUACUUAGGUAAGUCCUACUGAGUUCAAGGAGAAGAUGCUGAUGAGCAGCACAAGGCCUUAGUUAUGCCUCAGUAAAAGAGGAAAAAGCAAAGGAUCACCCCCCCACCCCCCAAAGAUUUCUUGCUGCUGCUAAGGCCUGAUUCAAAUGUACAGGGGAACGAGUUGGAAGAGUCCUGAGCUGGAAAAAUGGACUGCACUACUUCAUAUAGCAGAUGGUGGAUUACAACUUUGUGUGUUUAAAAAAACCUCCUGCAAAUAAGAGAACUAGCACAGCUGGGAGAGAUUCCACCCCUUCUCUUGGCUUGCUAUGCUGAUUUUCUAUUUGUAUGGAGUUUUUAAACAGAGGAACACCCCAAAAUGUGGUUGCUGAGAACAGACUGAGGUGAUGCAGCCCAUUCUACCAUCUCAUGCUCCUGCAUGUGUCAACCAAGCCUAAUGUGCUCCACCCCUUUUCAGGAUGAGGUCCAACCGUCCAGAGCAAAAAAUGAGCAAUUUUCCAGAGUCAUCAGUUUUGCUUCCUUGGUAGCUUUUCCAUGCUCCUUGAUGGGCAAGCUUUUCUGUGGUUCUUGAUGUCAAAGCCUGUCGCCUUCCAUAUAGUAUAGAAGACUACUUAAGAGGUUCAUUAUUUUAAUGAAAAAUUCUUUGAAGCUUUACAAGGAUUUGGAGCUGACGAGAGUCUGAUUAUUUAAAAGGAGCAAAAUCAUCUUUUCCCUCCCAAGCUUUUAAACGGUUCUUUCUUCCUCUCUGUCUAGAAACACAUUGUCUGGUGAACAGAGUUCUGGAACAACAUGUAGAGAAGACAAAGGCAACUUUCCUGGUCCUUUGAUUACAGUCAUGCACAAAUCCAUAGACUUGGCUUCUCCAUUCAAAACAGCUAGUCCCUGUGUUGGAUCCCUGGACAGCCUCAGUUGACCUAUGUUAAUGCUCCUCUAGACAGCCAGUUCCAUAGAUCAGAAUCUGUUGUUUCUUAUCUGUACUUAGUUGUUGAUGAAAUCAGUUCAUUAUGAAAAAAUUAUGCGUGUUUUAUUCAUGCACUUGGAACUCUCAGUUUAUGAUUUAGAAUUGAGAACCCAAGGUUGGAUUUUCUUUCACUUGCAAGCUUCCAAUAAAUUGAGCUUUUCUUGUUUGA